AAGUUGAAUCAUUUAUUUUAAGACAGAGAAAGUAUGAUACACCGCGUGGAAAAAAAAUGUUGCUACAGAGUCAACGACAAGUAGUCAGCCAACAGGUUCGUCUUCUGAAAGUUCAAAUAUGCAGCGUAGUACUACACCGCGAGGGAAAAUCUCCAAUUGCCUUGUCAUUGAUCAGUUCGAUAUGACCAGCACGCCCAUCGUUACCAAGUCGCCGCCGGCGCUCAUCCCGCCGGCGGGGCUCACUCCCCGCGGCACACUCUCGCUCUCCUCGAUUGACAAAACGGUCGCCGGCUCCGGCUUCGUGUGUCUUAUCCAGGUGUUCUCCCCGCCCUCGCUCUCCGCCGCCCGCAAAGACCUGGGCGCCGCCGCAGCCGUGGCCGCAAUGCGUGAUGGAUUCGCGAGGGCGCUCGUACCGUACUACCCAGUAGCCGGACGAAUCGCCCCAAGCGGCCUCGCGGUAGAUUGCACCGGCGAGGGCAUCUGGUUCGUGGAGGCCGCCGCGAGCUGCGCGCUCGCCGACGUGGACGGCCUCGACUGCUGCCCGCUUCUCAUCCCACAGAAGCUCCUCCUCCCGCGCCCUCCCCCCGGCGAGAAGCUUGACGACCUCAUCUUCAUGGUCCAGGCGACGAGGUUCACCUGCGGUGGCUUCGCCGUCGGGAUCAGCUUCAGGCACGCGGUGUUCGACGGGCACGGGGCGGCGCAGUUUCUCACGGCGGUGGGGGAGCUAGCGCGGGGGUUCAAGGCGCCGUCAGUGGCUCCGGUGUGGAACCGCGACGCCAUCCCAAACCCUCCAAGCCCGCUGCCGGGACAGAUCACCGAGUUCAGGCUCGUGACCCAGGUGGCCGACAUCUCGGCGCAGAGCAUCGCGCGCGUCAAGGACGAGUGCAAGCAAGCUUCUGCGGCAUCGACGGGGGAGGUUUGCUCCACCUUCGACGCGGUGACGGCCAUCGUGUUCAAGUGCCGCACGCUGGCGCUGGCGUCGGCGCUCCCAGACGACACCGAGGUACGGAUGGCCUUCGCCGCCAGCACGCGGCACCUUCUCCGCGGCGUGCUGCCGGCGGUGGAGGGCUACUACGGCAACUGCGUGUUCCUGGCGUGCGUUACCAGGACAGGCAAGGCCGUCCGGGAGGCGGCGCUGGCGGAGGUGGUCGGCGCGGUACGGGAGGCGAAGGAGGCGGUUCCCGCUCGGUUCGCAGGUUGGAUGCGCGGUGUCGAUCAGUACGACGUGCCGCCGCUGGACUACAGCACGGUGACGUUGUCGGACUGGAGUCGUCUCGGCUUCGACGAGGUGGACUACGGCUUCGGCGCGCCAGGGUACGUGUCCCCGCUCAACGACCACAACAACUUCAUCCUGCAGCUCAACUACGUCAGGCCGCCGGCGACCAGGCGUGGAGGCGUCCGGGUGGUGCUCCGCUGCGUCGAGGAGCCUCAUGCCGCCGCUUUCGCCGUCGAGCUCGCCAAGUUCGCCUAGAUGAUGCAACGCAUUCAUAUGCUUCCUGUUUCUUCGACAUGUUCGUCCAUUAAUGUGACACGAAUUUUCAACGUUCCUGGGAGCCUGGGUCCUGUAGCUGCGCAGUUGGUGAAUUUUUUUCAACCUCACUUAUCAUAA